AUCCAGAAUCUGAGCUAUGCAGGCUGUAUAACAAAAUUAUUACGUACGUUAAAGUAAUUUGUGUUUAAAAUGGCUGUUCGCGUGGAUGGCUCCGGCUUGAGCCAUAGGUUACCUUUAAUGAUUUUCGGCACGCUACAAUUGUUAAGCGGAUUAGGACUAAUCAUUUUGGAUAUUGUCACAUUCUCUCUUCUGGGAUGGUGGGGCGUGUUCAUCAGUGCCGGUGCAUCGGGAAUCUGGGCCGGUAUCUUCUAUCUAAUCACCGGUAUCUUCGGAGCCUACGGCAGCCGCGCCCUGCGUGCCGGUGAGCACGCCGAGAGCCGUCGCUGUCUCCUGAUCACGGCCCUCAUCCUCAGCAUCCUGGCCACCCUGGGCUCCUUCGUGCUGAUGGCCACCUUUGCCGCGUUCCUCUCCUUCAACAUCCAGUGGUUCUUUGACUGCGAAAGCCCCACGACACUGUGCCCGGAUGUGGCCACCUACGCCCAGCCGCUACUUUCGGCGUAUCUGGCCUUCACCCUGAUCGUCCUGGUGUCGUCCGUCAUGGUGUGCAUCUUCGCCGGGUUAAAUCUGAGCAACAUCAAAUCCAAAGCCAAGACUACCACCGUGACCUAUGUGACGACGACAGUGCCGGCCGCGAUUCCCGCACAGGUGGUGUAUCCCCAGACGGUCACCGUGUAUCCUCCGCUGGCACCAAGUCCUCAGAAAUAAAACUGCAGUGCUUUAAAUAAUCAUAUUACAGUUUUACAGAAGAGAUGUGCAGUUGCGUUAUGUCUGAGAGCGCUCUGCCAUUAACAGAAAAAUAAAUGGCUUAAGGUUCAA